AUGGAUUUCAUCAAGACCAGUUCCCUGCGUGCUCUGAUUGAGUUAACUUUCCAACGCAAGUGGAACGGCCUCAUUUGGAUGAGUAGAAAAGGAGUUAUAGCCAAAAGAGUGAAGACUGUCCAGCGGCUCUAUCGAGAAUCGCGGCCAAGCCGUGCAGAGCGGCCGGCCGAGGAACGAAUGUUCCGGCUCGGCCAAAAUCUCCGUCCAUCUCGGCCAAAGUUCAACCGUUCCGGCCGAUACGCAUCACGACCCGGGAAACAAUGCCCGCGGUCGGCCACGCCACACCACUCACGAUGCCGCGCACGACCAUGCCGCGCGAGCCGGGAAGCAACGCCUCGCGGCCGCGCAACCUACUCACGUACCACGGCCGAUGCGCCGUCCGAGCCGGGAAGCCACGCCCGUCCGGCCGAGAAACCAUCGGCCAAUCCUUCACCGUCCGACCACAGCCGGCCGACCGAGAAAUCAUCCGGCCACGACCGUUCCGACACGACCACGACCCGAUGUCCGGCCGACCGUGUCCGAACGCCGCGGUCGACCCGAAGCCGUUUUUGA